UCUGACUACAGCAGGUGUCAGAGGAUAAAAGAAAUCAUGGCCUCAGCGCUGUCUCUUCACCUCAUGUGUCCGGUGUGUCUGAGUGACUUCAAAGAUCCAGUAAGUUUGCCCUGUGAACAUGUUUUCUGUCGACAGUGUAUUUCCAGGUGUUUAGAAUCCAGCAAAGGACCUCAUAAAUGCCCAGAAUGCAGACAAAACUUCACCGGGACGGAUCUUAAAGGUAUUCGAGUUCUGAGAAAUGUUGUGGACGCCAUACAAGAACAGCGUAAGAAAAAGCAAAUGAUUCAACCGAAAGCAGAGGAAAUGCUGUGUUCUGAGCACAAGGAGCCGCUUAAACUUUUCUGUGUGAAUGACCAGAGACUGGUUUGCCUCAUCUGCAAAGAGGGAACGCAACACAGCGGACACAGUUUUAAGCCUGUAAAGGAAGCUAAGGAGAUCAGUGAGAAAGUGGUGAACAAAGCAUUGAGUUUUAUUUUAGAAGACAACAAACAAAUGUGUGACAUGAUCUUGAAGCAGAUGCUUGAAAUCACAAAAUCUAAGGAAAGAGCCAAACACCUUGAGACCCUUAUGCAUGCUCAGUUUAAGAAAAUGCAUGACUUCUUGUUGAAAAAGGAGGAGGAUGCGAUGAAACAGAUCCAGAAAGCAGCAAACAGUGCUGAGGAAUCAAUGAAGCAAAAUGGGUCGUUGUUGUCAAAUCUGCAAAUAAAAGGAAACAGCCAAGUGUCCAUACUGGAGUCAGGACUGAAGAUAAACCAGCCUGAGAGGUUUUUAGAGUGGUGGAGUAAAGACGGGUUCCCUUUGGUUGAUGAAAUCAGAGAGAGCAAAAACAUCAAGUUUGCUUUGCCAACCAAAUUUAAGUCAAAACAUGACGGCGUUCGAGUGAUUUGUGAUCAUUUCACCCUUGGGCCUUAUGAAACUGACCUUCCACUUAUGGUUUGGAGGGACAUGCUGGGUCCUGUUAAACGGGACCUAUCAGAUUCAUCUACAAUGGACAAGGACCUAAAACUUGCUUUUAAAAAAGAGAAACAUCUGCAGCCUCAAGGCGAAGAUUACUUUGCCAGAUUCCAGAAAUUUCACAAUGGUUACAGGGAGAAUUAUGUGGAGAGCAUUCAGCCGGGUCAGGUGUACUGGGAGGUCGAUAUCGAAGCUGAACCAGGAUGGGAACGUGGACUUACUGUUAGAUAUUACCCUAAAGAGAAGAACACAUCCCUUUGGCAGACAUUGUUUAAUAAAGGUUUUGAGAACAUUUCUCUUUCUGUAAAAAAUGGUCGACUGUAUGCUGUAAGAGGUGAUGAAGAAACCCUUAUCGCCAACCAGACUAAACCCAGUAGAGUUGGGGUUUACGUGGAUAGUGUGAAACACCAGGUUGUGUUUUGCAAUGCAGACAGUAUUUCUCUCAUUCACACAGUGUGGUGUGGAGAUCAAUAAUUCUCCACUCUAAAUUAGUAAAUCAAGCAUAUUUACAUCUGCUUCCUAUUAUAACUGGUAUUCACAAAUCAUUUAUU